AUGGUAGUAAAGGAGAGAGGGAACCGACAAAGAUGUCUCCCUCACAGCGUUUGUGACAAAAGAAUUACAUCGUUCCUUGGCGGCCUUUCAACAGAAGAAUAUUCAGAGAUUUCAAGAGUGUUUUUAUUCUGUCUGAACAUGGACGCUAGCAAUGUUGCAGAAUCUACAAACUGUCUUCCUAACGAAAAUGCUCCAAAUAAAAGCAGUGAUCUCUCUACUUCUGUGGAUAUGAAUAUUUCACUUGAUGCAUCAGAGUCCUGUUCAGAAAAGGAACAGAGUUCUAUUACUGACGAAGCAGGUUCCCUUAAGACACCGCCUGUCAAUGAGCAAGUCACAGUAAAGUUGAAUACUGACGGAGGCAAUGAGGUAUGGAUUAAACCAAAAAGUUUCAGUGAAGGAAAUGGUGAAAGAAGAGAGUUGGGGGCAUUUUAUAAUGACUCCCCUUCAGCGGAAGGACACACUGGACCUUCAGUGUACAGACUGAAUGAUCCUUGCAGAGCAGAUGAUGAAGGGAGCACUAUGGACUAUUUGUUACAGUCGGUGGAGUCUACGUGCAACAAAGAUACAGUCCAUAUGAAAGAGGACACUGAGAAUAACAUUGCCUUAGAUUCUUCUCAUGACCAACCUGAGCAUGUGAACGCAGUAGCAAAAACAGAAGUCACAGAAUCAGCACGCCAAACUGGCACACCUGUGGAUGUUGUGGCACAAGAAGGAAAUUCAGGAACAGAGCCAAACGUGGAAGAGGUUGAUCUUAAGACAGAUAACUGCCCACAGCCACUCUCCGACGAUCAAGGUGGUAAAACACCAGCGCCAGAGGAGGAAGAGAUAGAGGUGAUAUGUGAUGUAAAGACUGUGGAGGAUCCCGAGGGCACGAAAAUAACCAGAAAGGGUGAUGCACAAAGCAGUGAGUCAGAGGGCAAAGAAAGUGACACUUGUGAGACUUCACCAAAAAUAACUCCCAGUGUGGUAACUUCACCAGAAACUGUUAAAGUUAAAGUGGACAUGUCUGCCUGUCAAACUGAUGCAGCUAAUGAUAAUGCUGCAAAAACUGAUAAGGGCAAGGAGGUUAAGGAAACAGUCCAAAGAUCAUCAAAAAGAGAAAAUUGUUCAUCAUCUAACAAAACAAAUGUAAAGGAUAGUUCCACCACAAUGGUUAAUAUUAAGGAGGAAGAUUAUGUUUCACGGCGACCAAGGCGGACCACCAGAUUGUCUCUACAAGCGGCUCAAGCUCAGGCUCAGGCUGAAGCCCAAAUCCAGUCUCCCCGUCCACAAAGGCCUUCACGAUCCUUGGCAAAAGUAACUUGUGCUAACUGCAAAAAGCCCCUGCAAAAGGGACAAACUGCAUACCAGAGAAAAGGGGCACCUCAGCUCUUCUGCUCUUCCACAUGUCUAUCAAGCUAUUCUCAGAAGCCAUCAUCGACCAAGAUAUGCACAUUUUGCAACAAGGAUAUCUUGAAUACAAAAGAUUUGGUGGUGGCACAGGCUGGUUCAAGUCAGUCCUUCCAGGAAUUCUGCAACUCUACUUGCUUAUCACUGUAUGAAGCCAAGCUGCUUAAACCAGCUUCAUCAGAUGAAUCCUCAAGAUGCAGUAUCUGCAAUAAAAAAGGAAAGAUUCUACACGAAGUGAGUAAUGGAAAUGUCGUCCAUCGGCUGUGCAGCAAUGCCUGUUUCAGCAAGUUCAGAGCAAGCAAUGGCCUGAAAACUAACUGUUGUGAUAAUUGUGGGGUUUAUUUUUACAACCGAGGAUUUAUGCUUCAGUACCUGUAUCAUGAAGGACAACAGAGGAGGUUCUGUAACACAGGCUGUUUGAAUAUGUAUAAAAAGAAAAACACUAAAGUGCUUCCAUGUGCUUGGUGCAAAACUUUGGGCAAGAACUUCGACAUGAUAGCAAAUGUGGAUACCACUGGAAAGAUGGGUUUUUUCUGUUCACUGUGCUGUAUUACUUCGUACAAAGUAAAACAGUCUGGCACAAUAGGACCCAAAUCUAAAUGCAAAUUUUGUAAAAAGAAUCUUCCAGAGCGGGUUUAUUACAACAUGACUGAUCGAGUUGUGCAUCAGUUCUGCAGCCCUAACUGUUGGACUAAUUUUCAGCAGUCCAACCCUGAAGGCAGCAUACAACUGAACUGCACAUACUGCCACAAUAUUUUCACUGGGAAACCGGAAAUACUGGACUGGCAGGGCAGUGUUCGGCAAUUUUGCUGUAAGGUAUGCUGUGAAGAUUAUAAAAGGCUGCAUGGCGUAGUGUCUGUCUGUGAAUAUUGCAAACAGGAGAAGAUACUGCAUGAGAAGAUUAAGUUUUCGGGAGUAGAAAAAAAUUUCUGUAGUGAAGGUUGUGUGCUUCUUUAUAAGCAGGACUUUACCAAAAACCUGGGCUUGUGCUGCAUCACGUGUGCUUACUGUUCCCAGACCUGUCAGAGGGCAGUGACCAAAGAGCUGGAUGGAAAUACAUGGGAUUUCUGUGGGGAGGAAUGCAAAAGCAAAUACCUACUGUGGUACUUCAAGGUAGCCAGAUGCCAUGCCUGCAAACGUCAGGGCAAGCUUCUGGAAACGGUACACUGGCGCGGGGAAAUUAAACACUUCUGCAACCAGCAGUGCCUCUUGCGCUUCUACAGUCAGCAAAACCAACCCAAUCUAGCGACGCAGAAGGGACCCGAAAGUCUACUCAACAAUGAGGCGCAGGAGUCUACGAGUGCGACGUCUCCGACUCCCUCUCCGACUCCCUCUCCCACGCAGUUUGAAGCAUCCGUACAGACUCGGUCAUCGAAACAGCAACCACCACCUCCGCCGCCACCACCACCUUCACCACCAUCUCCACCUCCUGUGACACUGAAGAAUAAGGCUAUACUGUGUAAACCCUUGACUCAGAAUAAGGGCAUCUCCUGUAAACCUGAAAUGAAGUCCAAAGGAUGUCAAACAGAGGAAGAAUGGAAGCCACAAUUGAUUGUGGUACCUAUCCCUGUGCCAGUCUUCAUACCAGUGCCUUUGCAUAUGUAUUGUCAAAACACACCAGUGCCUUUCUCUAUGCCAAUCCCGGUCCCUAUUCCGAUGUUCCUUCCUACUACUUUAGACAGUGCUGAUAAGAUAGUGGAGGCAAUAGAGGAACUGAAGGUCAAAAUUCCUUCAAACCCAUUUGAAGCUGAUAUACUCGCCAUGGCUGAGAUGAUAGCAGAGGCUGAGGAAAUGGAGAAAGCUUCAUCAGAUCUUUGUGAUCUUGCUAGCAAUCCAAGUGCUGAUGGCCUCCUGGAAGACUGUGACUUGUUCGGACCUGCCAGAGAUGAUGUGUUGGCCAUGGCAGUUAAGAUGGCUAAUGUCUUAGAUGAGCCAGGACAGGAUUUAGAAGCAGAUUUCCCCAAAACCCCAUUGGAACUUAACUCUGGUGUUGACUUCCUAUUCGACUGUGGAAUUGUAACAACAGAUGAAGAACAGCCAGAAUCUGAAAUCCCACGAGCAGUCAGAAGGGGUCAAAAGCGGCUGAUGCUUUCAGAAAGUUGUUCCCGUGAUUCUCUUGCUAGCCAACAGUGCUGUACUGGAUUAAAUUACUCAUAUGGCGUCAAUGCUUGGAAGUCCUGGCUCCAGGCUAAGUAUGCCAGUGGCGAUACCAGUAAAAGCGAAGAGCUCAGGUUUGGACCCAAACCGAUGAGGAUUAAAGAGGAUAUUUUAUCCUGCACUGCUGCUGAACUAAACUACGGGCUGGCUCAAUUUGUUAAAGAAGUGCAGAGGCCCAACGGGGAGCGGUACGAGCCGGAUAGCGUUUACUACUUGUGUCUUGGAAUUCAACAGUUCUUGCUUGAAAACAACAGAAUGGUCAACAUAUUCACUGAUCUUUAUUACCUUACCUUUGUCCAAGAGUUGAAUAAAAUGCUACAAGGUUGGCAACCAAGUUUGCUUCCAAAUGGUUUGAUAUUCUCUCGAGUAGAAGAAGAGCAUCUCUGGGAAUGUAAGCAACUUGGAGUAUACUCGCCCUUUGUUCUACUGAACACACUGAUGUUCUUUAACACCAAGUAUUUUGGACUGAAGUGUGUCGAAGAGCACAUGCGUCUGUCCUUCACUAAUGUUGUUCGGCAGUCCAGGAAGUGCACAACACCCAGAGGAACCACAAAGCUUGUCAGCAUUCGAUAUUACAUGCCUGCUAAUUAUAAAAAAGGAAGGGAUCAAAGCAGCACUAUGGGAAAGAGGAAACGUGAAGAAGAAGUUGCUGUUCUAGAACAGAGAGAAAACAGAAUGAAUCCAUUAAGAUGCCCUGUGAAAUUUUAUGAAUUCUAUCUCUCAAAAUGCCCUGAGAGUAUGAAGAGCAGGAAUGAUGUUUUCUACUUGCAGCCAGAACGCUCCUGUGUGGCUGAGAGUCCCCUGUGGUAUUCAGUCAUUCCCAUGGAUCGGAGUAUGUUGGAGAGCAUGCUGAAUAGAAUUAUGGCUGUGAAGGAAAUCUAUGAUGACUAUUCGAAGGAUUCACUUGAAGAUGAUGAUGUUGAAGGAUGAUGUUUAGUAGAUAUUGUACAGAGUUCUGUUACAUUUAUUAGAAAAAACAAUGGGUCAUUAUAGACUGGCCUACUUGGUGCUGCGGGAAAAAAAAUACUACACUCGUACUUGCAGAGUCAUGUGGCCUGUUGUGAGAGCAGACGGUUAGACUAUCACCAUUGUUUAGAGACAGUAUCCCUUUUAGUGUGUGUACAUUUGCUGACGAGCAGGUGUAUGCAACAUUCUUAGUGACCAAAAACUAUAUCAUGAACCUAAAACUCCUGCAGUUGGUGAACGGGCAGCUUUGUUCUUGCUUUGGAUGGAACAGCUGACAUUUAUAAUGGAAUGCUCACUGCUGCGAUGGGAGAGCCCUUCAAUUAAUUGCAAUCUUGGGAUUUUCAGAGUUGCUUAAAUGGUUAUUGUUAUGAAAUGAUGAAUGCUGCAAAAUAGCCUGCCUUCCCAUUGGUCCCAUUUUGUUUUGUGAAAAAGGAGCUUCAGAAGGGUAAUGGAGAGCAAGAGGAGAGGUUGAAGUCAAAUAUCUCUAGAAUAUUUUGCCUUGCAUGCUUUUUCCAGGAGAAUUUGAGGGCAAGUGGCAUAUCACUGAGGCACACCUGGAAUUUGCUGUCUGAAAUAUCCUUGUACUUGCUAUUACAGUACAGUUUAAUUCUCAGCUGUUCUGCUGAUGGAGCUUGGGAGAGGCACGAACAAGGGAAAAUGUUUUCAAAGUGCGUGAAUAGAAAUUUAAAAAUAUAUUUUUAUAAUUGAUUUGAAGGUGGGAAAAAGGUAAUACCAUCAACAAGUCACCUAUCUCUCUGAAGGGUCUUUUCUCAAUCAGUCUGCUGGGUCUCAUUCAGAUAUAAGGAGUUGAAGAUUUAAGUGAAUGAUUGCUAGAGAAAAUGAACAACAGAGAAGAAACAAGAACUUGAGCACCGUAAACUGACCCUCCCUUGUAGUUCUUGCCUACCCUUCUGAUAUGUCCCUCCCUUGUAGUUCUUGCCUACCCUUCUGAUAUGUUUGCCGCUUUCUGUAUCUGUUUUUUAAAAAAAAUGUAUUUCAUGUACUUUUUAUUAUAACCAGAAAGGCUGUGAACAAUUUAUAGGUGCUAGUUGUCAUUAUUGCUAGUGCAGAGGACCUUGAAAGUUUGAAGAUAACAUGAAGGUUAUCCAGAGAAUACUUUUUUGUUCCCAGUUUCAUACUUUUAAUUUCUGAUUAAAUAAGCCAUUUUAAUUCCUUCAUCUCAUUCCUCAGUGCUGCUACAGUCAGUAGCAAUGAUGCUUUCACAACUUUACCUAUCAGACUGUGUCCAGCUAAAUUUCUUCAGACUCUCAUAUGGUAGAUUAGAAUUUGAAGUGACGCUCAAAAAAAAAUCUCUGUAGCUCACACACAUAGCUAACAGACUGAAAUAUCUGCCUCUGUUUUGGCGAUUCAGGGUUGAUGGGGUUAAGGCAAGGAAAUGUUCCUGCAUCCUCGUUCAGCACUUCCCCUAUCUUUCUACUGCCAAGUGGCUCAACAGAACUGUUGGAAAAAUUCAGUAUGUGUAGAAACAUGGAUGAGAAGGGGAUCAAAAAGGGGAUACUGUCUCUUAUGUGUAUUUCUGUAGUAUAUAUGAACCUGUUUCAGUGAGCUAGAUCAGUGUAAAACCAAUCUGUUUUAAAAUGAUAAAUAUCUGCACAGUAUUCAGUUGGUAAACUGAUGGUUUGCCAAGUUUUCUCUCAGUUUAAUUUUUUAAAGAAAAAUUUAAAAGGUGCUUAUGCAAACUGGAUGGACAUUACAUUGUGAGGGAUUUACAAACUGCUGUAUCACAAUCAUCAAUUGUUAAAAGACUCCUAUAUCUAGAAGAAAGCAGUUCAGUUUCAUUCAGAUUAUUUCAGGAAGUGCUUUUUUUUUUGAUGUGAUGUAACAUUUAGGGGGAAAAAGUAUUUACAUGUCCGCAGUGAAGCAUUUUUAGGGUAUGUAGUGUAGGGACACUAUAAUGACCCUUUUAUUAUCUUCCUUAUGUUGAAUUGUAAUCUGUGAAGAGCUAUGUCUUCUCCACUUAGAGUAAAAGAAAUUCUUGAUAGAUGGAUAAUUUGAAACAAUAAGAAUCUCAAAUUUAUUACGUAGAGUGGUAUAUGCUUCCAUGAUGCUAUCUUGUUUUGGAAAAAGGGAUUAGAAGAAAGAUGGCCAAAGUUUGUUACAGUGGACCCUACUAAAUGGUAUCUGCUUCUAGAAAUGCAAUUGUAUAUUUGUUAGAUUCUUUCUAAUACGUAAUAACAGUAAUAUUGCAUUGAUCUGGGAUUUGGUCCAUUCAUCCAGUAAUGGCCAUUGGUUGUUUUACUGCUCCCAAGCCUAACCACACAGUCAUUGUAUAAAUUGUUGACCAAAGCUGAACAAUGUUAUCUUAUUUUAUUGGAAAAGAUUGUAGAAAAGUGGCUGAAAACAUAAAGAUUGAUCGUGUUCUCCCAGUUACAUAUUUUGUCUAUUGUGCAUUCAUUGGUCCUUUUUAAGUAGUUGUACAGAAUUCCCAAACUUGAUGCUUGACUUUGUUGUGAUUGAAAAUGGUUUCUUAAAAAAAAACUUCUGGUUUGUGGCUGAUGGCAUUAGGACAAUGAGCGAACGUUUGUAAGGUUGCCUUUUCCGAUUAGUUUCCGAUGUUUCUUGGUCAGAGUUCAUGAAAUGUUGCUGAACCACUGCAGCAUAUAGUAAAGGAAAUUACUGAGCUGUUUUGUACACCCUUUCUCUUUUGUUUACUCUCCUUCCGUUACCCCUCCCCCAAACAUCACCUGCCCCACAACACACUGUCAAAAUAUUUAUUAUGUGUUUAUUGUAUGACAGAGAUUAUUUACUUCAAGGGUAAUUGUCUGUGUUCACUUUAAAUUUAGCUGUCAGUUUAGAUUAGUUCUGUGGAGAUUGACUACUAAUGUCUUCUAUUUAAGUGAUGGUUGAUUAGCUCCUUUACAAUAUUUUAAAAGCGUCUCUUCUGCUUCCCAUUCAGUGUGACAUGAUUCAAGGUUGUUUCAGUUUUUGUGAUGGCCAAUGAACAGAGGAGAAUUGGAAGAAAGUGAGACUUGCCGAGAAAGACUCAUGUGAAGAGUGCUUUAGACAACUCCUCUCUUCACAAAAUUUCUGCAUUCCUGAGCUCUCGGAUUCAUGUUGAAUACAUUUCCAAGCCCUCAUCAUAGAGGCUACUUUUUAAAUUGAAGCAACUGUACUAAAUAUUAGUAGAAAUAAUGUCUUAGUCAUUUUUACUCCUGAUAUUCAAAUCCAUGCUUUUAACAGCAUUAGUCGCUAUCUAUUGCUUUGGAACACUUACUUUUGUUUAGAGGAAUUUAAAGGAAAAAAAUUAGUUGUAACAGUGCUGUCCUCAGGUGAGAUCACUUAAUACAUCACAGGUUAGGCAUCAAACACUGGAGCUCUUGCUGUCAAUAACUCCAUUUCAAACUGCAUGCACUUUGUCAACUGAGCCAUUGGAGGAGAAAAUGUCUGGCCUACAUUACAUAUAAUGUUGACAACUUGAGCCAUUUUUGUAGCUUUUUAGUUUAAAACGUACAUCGCAUGUUCCACAUGAAAUUCCAUUCAAUGUAAGACUAAAAACUAAGCCCUCCUCUUCCAAAUUAAAAUAUAUUUAGCACAGCUAUUGAUUGCAGAGUGAUUUAUAUUGGUUUGUUUCAAUAAAGAUCUGGAAUUUCUUCUUUGAACUGCAUUGAUUUUUACCUUUAGUAGCUAUAUAUUUUCCAAAGCAAUAGUACUACCUACAUUUUUGUAAACUACCAACUACUGCCUCAUUGCUAUUCUUUUGUCUCCAGACAGGCUAUUCUGGGUUUGCAGAGUGCCAUUCAGCUGUGUUGUUCCGUUUACAAUUGGCAAUAAGUAAGCUAUUUGGGUGAGAACAGAGGUGGCAAAUCUUGUCAGCUUUUCUUCCCUUCCAUCACCCUUUUUGAUGCCUUCUCUUGUCUCCUUGCUGUUCACAAUGAAUUGCUUUAAAGUUUGACUUGAUUUCAGGCUCCAAACUGCGGGAUGCAGCUAUGAUUAAAUGUACUUGGAGCUCAGACCUAAUGUCUUUUGUGUUUAUAGUCUGAAUAUUAGUUACUGUGUAGUCAUUUUGUUUGUUCCUAUGGAAUUCCAUCUGGGUGCUGAAUCUAACUAUAUUUCUUUUGAAUCCACCCCACACCCCUGACUGCAGCUUGAAUACUCACGCCAGUCUUGUAGGUCUUGUUCCAUGUCCUCAUUGAGAAUUCUUAUCCCUUUACUGUUGAGAACUUUGCAGAAAAUCUGCUUUGCUGUAAAUGUUCUCCUUGCUUGUAGGGGAGUGUCCGUGAACUUGAAUCGAACCAUUAGCUGUCUUGUUUCUGUUGUGUUUUUAAUAUCAAAUGGUGUAAAGUACUGCAUUUUACAAUAAUUUUCAAUACAGAUUUUACUCUGUUCGGUUGAGCCUCUAAUACAGUAAGCUGCUAUAUUAUACCACUGUUGUGUUUGAAUAAAAGUUGUAUAUGCAUCUAUAAAGAA